AUGCGUCACGACAGCAGCAAACAACAGGCUCCGGCGCCCAUGGUCACUCGCGCGUUCUCCUUCAAAGACGCCGUGGUGCGCUCCCCGCCAAAGUCGGCGGCCCUGCCACUCAAGGACCAACAAGUGCAGCCGCCGUCUAAGGCCAGAAAUGACAAAAAGCCACAGCAGACGCUUGGUUCACGCCAAAUCCGCUCGCGUAGCAUCACCAAGAUCGUCGAGAGCUCGAGCUUUAAGAAGCGCUGCGAGGCGCUCAAGGCGCAUCCAGGACGCGCGCAUCACGACGCAAAGGGUGAAAAUGCCAUCAGCCCCGUCAGCUCCCCCAGAGCGAAUCAAGAGGCAAAGAAGCUCACGCCAUUGGAAGAAUUGUGCGAACGUGAAAAGUUGCUGCACAACUCGAGCGACAGUUUCAAAGGACGCAAGCGUGUCACUCGGUCGAUGUUGAGCUGCUCAUCGCCUUCUUCGCUCCCUCUGCGUGACGAAAACUCGUCGUCGGAAAAAGAGGAUGGGUCGAGCCAGGCAAGUGGGAGCCUUCGACUGCGUGCAGUGUCAAACGACCGCGUUCUUCUGCGUCGAGCGUCUUUGCCGCUAGGAUCUCCGUCGGAUUCUGAUACGCAAGAGUCGCUCUCGAGUAGCGGAUCCUCGUGUGACAGCAGCCCCGUCAAGGCCAAGAGACCGGGGAAGACGAAAGACGGUCGUCCGUCGUCUACGUCCCAAGAAUCAAUCUGCUCGAACGUGAGGGAUUUGUCGCACAAUCUGGCAGUUAACUGCGCUACAGGAGGCGGUCGACGCCACUCUGUGAAGGUGUUGGACAGUGACGACGACUUCCUGGACUGCGACGAUACCAACAGCGAGUCGACAGCCGAGUCUUCUUGUCCGAGUCCUCGCCACAGUCCUCUUGCUCACCAGCGUAGUGACCUGAACGAGGUGCUCAAAGUUUGUCAGGAACAGGAUGAAUUGUCGAGUCGAAUGCUGUCGAACUGCCAAGAGGAGGACGAGGAAGCGUACAUGCUGCUGGACCGGAUCAGCAACUUGUCAAACGAGUUUGCGGCCAAUCGCGAGUACGAGGAGUCCAACGCCCUGUCUUGGUCUGUACAGCACGCAGUGCAACAGGGCGCGAUCUCCACGCAGCUGCAGCAGAAUUUGCUCUCGAAUAUUUGUGAAGGCUACUUGGAUGAAGCUCGGGACGUGUUGUAUCACAAAUGCCACCUGAUUCCUGCUGUCGGGAGCGUUGUGGAGAGCCCACUGCAGCCGAUUAUGGACCCAACAGCCUUGCAGUCGUUUGUGGACUAUGUGGACGGCAUCUCGCCUACGGACGCCCCUGAAGCGCGCAUGCACAAGUUGCAAGUACUGAAACAGCUGUCUGAUUUACUUACCAAGUGGGUAAAGAGGGUCGGACGAGAACGCGAGUUGAGUGAAGAGCACAUCACGUUGACGAAGGGUUCUCUCUUCCUCGCUGGGUCCUAUCGACUCGGUUUGGAUGACCCCAACUCGGAUAUUGACGCGGUGUGUGUGGCACCGUGGCACGUGACUCACGACGACUUCUUCGGUUCGUUCUGUCAGCUACUGGCGCAGACGCCUGGAGUUUCCCACCUUGCGCCUGUGCGAAGUGCCUACGUCCCUCUCAUUUCGCUGUCCUUCUUGGGUGUGCGCAUGGAUUUGCUCUUUUCGCGGCUGCCAAUGUCGAGCGUCGAGUCCAAUCAGAACAUUGAUUCCGAUCACAUGCUGGUUGGUGUGCAUGAGACGUCGAUGAAGGCUCUGAACGCUCCUCGUGUCAGCUCAAUGCUGCUGUGCCUGGUGCCGAGGCGUCGUGAGUAUCGGAUCGUGCUGCGUGCUGUUCGCGCGUGGGCGCGUCGUCGCGGUAUCUACUCGGCCAAACUGGGUUACUUGGGUGGGAUUAGCUGGGCGAUUCUGGUGGCGUUCGUGUGCCAGCUGUACCCGAACGCAGAGCCUGCAAAAAUCUUUGUUCGCUUCUUCCAAGUACUGUCAGAGUGGCAGUGGCCGCAACCUGUAAUGCUGAACAUGAUCUACGACGCUGGGCUAGGAUUUGACAUGUGGGAUCCCCGCCAGAGCGUCUUUGAUCGGUCGCACAUCAUGCCAAUCAUUACGCCAGCGUAUCCCCACAUGAAUUCCUCCGUCCAAGUUUCGCAGUCCUCGUUCUCUGUGAUUUAUGAAGAACUGUGGCGCGCGCGGUACCUGGCGGAGAUCGCUGUUGGUAUUUCCAAGCCUUUUCCGAGGGCUGCUUCGUCGUCACCUGAGAGCUCAGAAUGUGAUCUAAAGGCAGCAGUGGUUUGUAUGGCCACGUCAAUGCCCUCGUUCGAUCAGCCGUUGAAUGCAGCCCAGUCGAGCGAAGACAAGACGGAGGCCGCUCAGGCGCUAGACGAAGCAGCGCUAUGCACAAAUGGGGAAAAUUUGUACAGUCGCGACUGCGGAAAGUUGGUGGACAAUCUUCACCACAUGUCGCCUGUGUCGCGAGUGCACGCCUUCCCGUGUUAUUUCCCGCACACUUGUGACUCUGAACACAAGGGACCUGGUUCGUGCAUGUUCAUUGGUAUCGAGUUCCACUGCCGUCGACAAGAAACAAUUCAGCUGAAAGACGACGCGGAGGUCAAGAAGAUGUUGGAGCAGACCAUUCGGUUCUUCCUCGCAACAGACUUGCAGCAGAUGGAGGACAAGCAGCCAGAUAUGACUGCUGAUGCCAAGGUGAUGAGCUGGGCAGAACUGCCUGACUUUGUAUUCCAGUCAGGACGUGGCAGUGCCGAUCUGGAGCGUGCAAAGUACACGGACGAUCUCGAAAAGAUGGGCUUCUCACAAAACAACACGCCGUCCUUCCGUCCACCUUACUAUGUGAACAGCUACAACCGCAAUGGCAAGUGGCGGAGUGGGGGUCCGCGUAAGUAUGCGGGAGGCCAACGGAAGCAUCGCUGUGACUUCCGAAAUGCUCCACGAUCAUAUCCAGGUACACAGGCUGGAUGA